UUUUCUCUAUAUAAAAAAAAAUUACCCGCUGUAUAUAUGUAAAAUUUGCAACCUUUUGAAGAAAAAACAAAAUAUUUCCACACUCAAGUACACGACUUCAAUUUUUCAUAAACAAACAAAAUUAAAAAUCUGUCUCGUAUAUAAUAUUUAAUAACUAUAAAUUCACAAUUUUAUAAAUCACACUAUCCUUCCAACCCUACCAUGGUGAUCAAAGCUAAACCUAAGGAUAAAGGGAAUGUCUCAUUAACGACUUUACAAUAUGCAAUUAUCGCAUUGAACAUAACUAUCAGAAUAUAUUCCUCAUUAUAUAUGAUCAUAUCAGAUUGUGAUGAAACUUUUAAUUAUUGGGAACCAUUAAAUUUAUUAUUUAGAAAGUUUGGGAAGCAAACUUGGGAAUAUUCUCCUGAAUUCGCUAUACGAGAUUAUGUAUAUUUAUUAAUAUAUUACACUGUGGGCUUACCAAUCUUAGUGAUCUUAAAAUGGUUUAGUCAAAAUAAUGAAUUAACUUAUACGGUGACAUAUUAUCAAUUUUACUUUUUAAGAUUGAUUGCAUUGAAUGGAUUCACAAGUUUUGGGGAGAUUUAUUUAUUUAAAACGUUGAAUAAUCAUUUAACUCCAUCCAUUGCUAAUUGGUUUUUGUUUUUUAAUUCAAUUGCCCCAGGUAUGUCUCAUGCUGGAGUGGCAUUAUUACCAUCAACCCUUGCCAUGCAAACCAAUAUGAUUUCAAUGGGAUCUAGUAUAUUGGCAUUUUCAUCAUGGAGUAGUGGAGUUAAAUCAGGAUCAGUGAAUUUAUUUGUGGGAGCUAUAAUUUGGAUCUUGAUUGGUGGACUUUUAGGAUGGCCAUUUUCAUUAGCGCUUGGAAUUCCGUUAGGUUUUUAUAUUAUCUUUAAUUAUAAAUUCUAUCAAAGUUCUACUAUUCUUGAUAAACCUAUUUUCCAAAUUAUUUUCAAAAGUUUAAUUGCCUUGAUUUUAAUCUCAGGUGGUGAUGUUCUCAUUAAUACCUACUAUUACAAGAAACCUAUCUUUGUCCCAUUAAACAUUGUAUUAUAUAAUGUAUUUGGAGGUGAAGGAGAAGGACCUGAAAUCUUUGGGGUUGAACCAUUCAGUUAUUAUAUUUUGAAUUUAUUACUUAAUUUUAAUAUCACUGCUAUAUUAGGAUAUGGUGGAACUAUCUUAAACCCAUUAAUUUAUCAAUCAAAGAAAUCACUUAUACUAAUUGUGUUUUCAUUACCAGUAUUAGUAUGGACCGGAAUAUUCUUUAGUCAACCUCAUAAGGAAGAAAGAUUUCUUUAUCCAAUUUAUCCCUUGAUAAGUAUUAAUGCAUCAUUAUUGAUUAUAAAAUUAUUUGGAUUUUCAAAUCAAAUAUUAUCAAUCUUUAUCAAUGAAAAUUAUUCGAUUAAAUUAAACCGACUUGUCAAAUACAUUUUCAUAACUUUGAUAUUCUUAAUAUCAACAUUAAGAAUCAUAAAUUUGGUAGAUAAUUACGCUACACCCUUGAAUAUAUUCUCCUUAAUAUCCCAAGAACCACAAGACAAUGAUGAAAAAGACGUGCUUUAUAAUGUUUGUAUCGGUCGUGAAUGGUAUCAUUAUCCAAAUUCAUUCUUCUUACCGGAUAAUUAUCGAUUAAGAUUUGUUCAAAGUGGAUUUGAUGGAUUAUUACCAGGGGAUUUUUCUGAAAUUGGAAAUAUAAAUGAUAUAACUUCAUCUAUACCGAUUGGAAUGAAUAAUAAAAAUCAAUUUGAUAUUCAUAAAAUCAUAAAUUUUAAUGACUGUGAUUAUUAUAUUGAUAAUUCCGGUAUAACGAAUGAUUUCGAACCUACGAUAUUAGCCGAUGUAAAGAAUGGAGAUAUUGAAAAUUGGAAAGUUUUAGGAUGUGAAAAAUUAAUUAAUCCUGAAGGUGCCCAUUCUGGAAUUGGGAAAUUCAUUUAUAUUCCAACUGUGUUAAGAUCAAUUAUUCCUCAUAAUGUUGAAUAUAUGGAUUUAUGUGCUUUAAAAAAGGACAAGGAAAGUUUAUAAUUUAUAUAAAAAGUAAGUUUAGGUUUUUUUAAAAUAUACAUAUAAUGAUUAUAUUCUGUUUUGUUAUAACUACAAAGUGGGUUUGGUAAAUAAGAUAUAGAAUGAAUGAGGAAUUGAUUUCAUUAGUACAUCAAAGAUAAAUAAUAAUAAUAGUAAUAGAAAAUGGAUUCAGUUAAAAAUGGAGUAGAA